CAUCUUUUCAUUUUUCUGUGUUGUGUGCUUUGGUCGAGGAUGGUUGCAAACUCGUCCUACACAGUUUCAGUCACCCAGCCGUUCCUGCGCCAGGAGGAGUCGGUCAAGCAGCUGGUCAACUCGCUGCAGUACGUCGAGCAGGUCGCGCAUGAUGUCUUCAAUCGGAUUACCACCCGCGUCGCACAAAACCGCGAGCAGCUCGUCACGCUGAACAACCGCGUCAACGUCGCUCUGGCCAAGAUUUCAAAGAUUCGCGGCAGCACCAAGGCCACCACUGUGUUUUCUUCAGCCAAGUACCCCGCCCCGGAGACGUUGGAUGAUUAUCGUCCACUCUUUGGUGACGGCCAGACAGCGCCUGUGCCCAACCCACCAAAGCUGCGUCCCCACGAGAUCCGCACCAAACAUUCGCACAUGGCCGAUGCAGAAUGGAAGGACCGUGUCAACUACUUUGCGAUCGACAUCAAUGUUGCUCGCGAACCUGAAAUCAUCACCGAUGAAGACGAAGGCGAGGGCCUCGGUCGCCUCCCCAAGCAUCUCCCAUCCGUAUCCUCGCUCUUGCUGUUCAACACGGCGGAAAACCCCUACAAAAAGUACGUGACGCUCGAUCCGCUCAGUGGCGUGCAGCACAAGACGCGCACGCUGGACGAGGACGGCGGAAUCAAGAUCGACGCUGCGCCGCAGUCCAUCCUGUCUGGCGACCAGAUGCUUCGUGGCACGGCCGAAAACUACUUUUACUCGCCCGGCAUGGGCGCCGUGCCCGAGAUUCAGGUACCCGGCAACCUGCCCGAUCUGCCUGGCGUCGCAGACGACAUUGCUUGGGAGGCCGACCUCGGUCCAUCCAUCGCCCCGUCCAUGCCCGGCUCCAACAUGCCCGAGCUGCCAACCGUGGCUGGCGUUGCUGCCCCGCGCGCACAGCAGCCCGGCACUGUUUCGACCUCGGUGUCGUCGACCCCCUCGUCCGUUUCAGCCCCGCCACCGCCCUCGGCCGCGCCCCCGCCGCCUCCGCCACCGUCCGCUGCUCCUCCGCCGCCCCCACCGCCGCCGGCCGACAUGGGCCCCCCUCCGCCGGCCCCAGCAAACGUUCCGCUGGAGGUGGCCGAGCCCGACUCUGGUCGCGGCGGCCUGCUCGACGCCAUUCGCGCUGCGGGUGGUGCUGGCAAGGCCAAGCUGAAGAGCGUCAAGGACCGCAAGCUCGAAGCCAAGAAGGCCAAGAAGGAAGCUGCUGCCGCCGGCGACGGCGAGGAAGAGGACGGCGGCAACAGCGGUGGCGGCGGCGGCGGCGGCGACAUGAUGGGUGACCUCAUUGCCACGCUCAACCGCCGUCGCAAGGGCAUCUCUGGCAGCAGCAAGCCCAGCAACAACGAGCGUAGCGAAGAGUCUUCUGGCAACCCCAUGGACAAGAUUUCCGCCAUGAUUCCCGCGCCCAAGGCACGCGCCGAGUCGCAGGCCUCGGACCACGAUGCCUGGGAAUAAAUACAAGAAAAGGAGGGGAAGGCAUGUUGAUGCUGUCAAACAGGUCAACACUGCUUGGCAUUGUCUAGAUUUUUUGAACCGUUGUUUUUGUUGUUUGGUUGUUGAAGGCUGGAAAUUCUUGUCUACCAACUUUUUUUACGUUUAUUCACGCACAAAUAAAAAAAUUCCAACACACA